AUGCUUCCAACCACCACUGCCACUCCGACAGAUCCAACUUCCAAACAUAGUUCGAGUAGUAAUAACCAUCAUCAUCAUCAUCACAUUGGUACCUAUCCUCCAUCUCGAUCGGGAGUGUUUGGUUAUUUUCGGAAGCUCUCCUAUCGAGGUCAAAUUUGUUUCAUUAUUUGUUCUCUCUUAUUCUUGUACAUGAUUUAUACACUUUUAUUUGUUGGAAAUAUUGGUAGUAAUAGUAGUAGUAGUAAUUCUGAGAUUGACAAAAUAACGGAAAGUAUUGUCAUUAAGAAACCACCAUCCUCAUUUCCACCAUCUCCAUUAAAACAACAACAAACAAAUACUGCUUCUGAUGCCACUCCACCACCAAUUUUGAAAAAACCAAUUUUUACUUCCGUGGUGGAAGACGAUGAAGAAGAUUUACUUUCAUCCCAGAAAAAGAAGUCAACCAAGUCCUCCAAAUCACAAGAAACUGAUAUUAAAACUACAACGAGUAGUAUAAAAAGCAACAUCAAGAAACAAGAUUCUACAACAUCCUCUACGACCACUCUGCCACCUUCUCUUCCAAAGAAAAAAGAUUUAAAUUUGGAAAGUGACACGGAUUGGUUUGAUGAUCCUAUUGAGGAUGUUGAUGUGAAUCGUUCUCAAAAACAAUCCAUGAAAAACAAUAAGGAUCAAAACAAGUCAUCAUCAUUGGACCAAUCAUCAACAACAACACAGAAGGAUGAUGAUGUGAAAUCAACAAAAAAGAGUACUUCAUCCAUCACUACUAACUCUGAUACGAAGGUCAAAUCCAAUGAUUCACCUUCCACCAAAACCACCACUACAACAAAGAAUGAUGUGACCAUGAAAAAGAAUUCAAAUCACUCACAAAAAAAUAAUUUAUUGAAUACGGAUGAGACUUAUGAUAUUACCAAUUCAGAUACUGUGGAGAAUACAAUCAAGAAAGUGAAGAAUGAAAAUGCUAAUUCUCAACCGAUUGUCAACAAAAAACAGGAUACAAUGACAUCCAGUAAUACUGAUACUACUACUACUAAUACUAUGAAAUCCAGUAAUACUGAUACCACUCAAUCAGAUACAAAGACAUCUACUACUAAGGAUAAUACUAUGAAAUCCAGUAAUACUGAUCCUAACAAGGACGAUAAUGUGAAAUCUAGUAGUAAUACUGUGAAAUCCAGUAAUACUGACCCUAAUACUGUGAAAUCCAGUAAUACAAUCAGUAGUAGCACCACUGUCACUGCUUCCAAUAAUGAUGCAUCCUCAACGAACAAGAAUGUUGAAACAAAGAAGAUUGAUGUUUCUGCUGAACAUAAUUCCUUAAAAGAAGGCUUUGAAGAAUUCGAUGAUGAUGAAAUGGUCUUACCAAAUGCUAAAAAAGACUCUCAAGAAACAUCAUCUUUCGGCAAGAAAAAUUCACAAUUCUCUGAGGAGACAAAGAAAGAAUCUAUUAAAGAGGAGGAUAACACAUCUUCAAAGAAAGACAAUAAGGAAAAAUCAAAGUUAUCCCAAACCAUUGAAAAGAAAGAAAUCACUUCUUUGGUUGACAAGCCCAUCGACAAGGUGAAAGAGAACAAGAAAUCUAAUGAAUUGAAUAUCACAACAGAGAAAAAAAAGAACAAUGAACAAACCACAUUGACGGACUUUGCCUUAAAGCCUGAUGAGAAGUCUGCUUUGAUGGACAAUCAAACUCCAAAAAAGAAUCCAUCAAAAGACACCAAAUCGACAACUAUGACUACUACAACGUCUGUGAACAAUGACUCGAAAAAGUUAACAGAGACAGCAACUCUCAAUACUCGUCAACAACAACAACAACAACAACAAACUGACAAUACUUCCCAAAACAAAUCGACCAAGCUGCCAAAGAGAAAGCGUGAUGAAAUUGAUGAAAAGAUUCAACAACUUCGUGAAAGAGUUUCUGAAAUGAAAUCUGAAAGAAGAAACGCGUCGAACAAAGAGUCAGCUUUACAACAAUUUAUUGAUCAAGUUGAAAACAAGAAGAAUAUGUAA